GCAUCAUCGCUGCAAACACAGCUCUGCCAUGUUUGUACUCCGGUCGUGGAUGGGAGUCUUUGCCGCAUAGAAGCUGUUCUCACGUUGUUGUUUUUUUAUACCCUCGUAAUGGUGAAAUACUGACGAUUAAAUGCACUUCAGCUCUGUAGUGUGACUCUAAGCGGGACGCGCCUUGCACCAUGUCAACCAACGCUCAGGAUUUUGACUUUGAUGAAUAUGACAAACCAGGCGCUGAGCGGUCACGCAGGAGGAGAGGUGAAGAUGACGAUCUAGAGAGUGAUUUGGAAGAAGAAUUGUUGGAGGAGGACUGGCUGUCAGUGAAAAAGAAUCCCUCAGAAGUGUCAGAUGAAGAACUGAAUGAUGACCUUCUACAAAGUGAUGAUGAAGAGCUAGUUUUGAGUGGUCAGGAUGUGAGCCUCAAUGCCACAUACAGCAUGGGCACAUCCUAUAACCAGCAGGACAACUUGCAGGAAGCAGACUACACAGAUGACGUUGUGAACCUGGGCGCAGAGGGCUGUGAAGAUGGGGAUGUAGAGGUGGAGGGGUACCAGCAAGAGGGGGAAGAGGAGUACACAGAGGGAUACAGCCAGGAGGAUAACACAGAGAUGCCUGAAGACCAAAUGGAUUACACAGGAGAGCAAGCUGAGGGUGACGAUGGUUACCAGGAUGAAGUGCUAGACAUCCAAAUCAAUGAGCCCAUAGAUGGUGAAUUUCAAGAUGAUGAAUAUCAAACCUCUUAUGGUGAUCAGCAUCUGGAUGAACAUGGAGUCCAACAGGAGGAGGCCCCCGAGGAGGAUGAGGUUGGGGGAGAAGAGCAGCAGGAAGAGGAGGAGGAAGAGGCAGCUGAGGGCUCUCAGGUCUUUGACACAGAGGAGGUUGAAACUGAGGCUGUACCUGAGGAAGAAACAAAGGAGGAAUCUGAUGAGGAGGAUGAGGAAGAUGAAGAGUCUGGUCGCAUACGGUUCAAAUCUGAGAGAAAAGAUGGCGCUGUGGUCCGGUUGGCUGACGCAGGGAGUAAAAGGAGAAAUAUCCCCGAAACACUAGAACUGUCCGAAAAGGCCAAGCAAGAUCUGAUGGAGUUUGAGGAACAAGAACGGCAAAAGAGACAAAACCGUUAUGGAGGCAGAGGCAGAGGAGGAGGAGGAGGACGUGGGGGCAGAGGAAGGGGAUGCUUCCCACCUUUUGGAAUGGUAGAUUUUAGAGGAGGAAACAGAGGAAGAAUGAAUGACCAGAGGAUCCCCCUGAUGGGAAACAUGGGCAUGCAGCAGCCAUCCUCCCGAAUGCCUCCUCCUCAUCAACUUCAUCAGCAGCAACUGCAGUCCCAGCAGCACCACCCUUCGCGUCCAAGAGGACCUCCUCCCUUCCAAGAGCAUGGGCGCCCGCUGGCCCAGCAGCCCCUUCAGCCCCUCAUCCCCCCGCACAUGGCUCACCGCUCCCCGCCGUUGCGGCCGCAGAUGGAGCCACCACCACGAAUGAUGAGCUCCCCGCCACCCAACUUCCCCCAGCAUCACCAACAGCAGCCUCCACAGCCCAAAAACAUCCACAUUAACCCCCAUUUCAGAGGGCCCACAUCAUCCUCUGUACAGGUGCCCUUGAUGCCUCCUGCUCAGAGCCAGCCCAGACCUGCUGUGGGUCCUCAGAGGUUCCCUGGACCGGGAGACUUCCAGCAGCACAUGUCUGGUAAUUUUGGUCAGCCCCAGCGGCCCCCUCAUCACAUGGAGCCCUUUAGGAACCAGCCACCUCAAGGCCCCCAAGACAGAGAGCCCCUCUUUAUGGGCGAGCGCACAGAGUCAACACGGUUUCCAGGGCAACACAUGUUUGAUCACCAGGGCCCCAGCCCUCUGAUGAACAACAGCCACAACAUCCACCACCACCAGCAGCAGCUGCCCGGCCAGGGCCACAUGGGUUUCGGCCCACCAGGACCGGCCUUCAACCAGCCGGGCCAGGGUCCGCUAGGACUUUUUCCAAGAGAACCCCCAAGACCCAACCUCCCCCCUCACCAAGGUCACCAGGGGAUGAUCGGCUUGAAUCAACAAGGCGGCCCCCCCAAUCAGCCUAGACCGUUUAUGGGCCCUCGUCAGCCGUUUGGCCAGCAGGGGAACCUUUUCCCCCCUCCACAAGUUCAAUUUGGGAUGCAGGUACGACUAAGAGGCUUAAUGCACGGCCCUCCCGUCUCACAGCUUCCGCACCAAGACUCCAUGCCACCCCAUCAGCCUAUGCACCAGCACCAGCAACAUCAUAGGCAGGACUUAGCCCAUCAUCAGCAACAGCAGCAGCUAAAUGUCAAUGAGCCUCGCCCCAUGAUGCACCAUGGCCAGAAUCCCUUCCACCAACAACAGGCGCAUGGUAGCCCCAGGCAGAUGACUCCCCGCCCUCAGAACCCCCAACAGCGAAACAUGUCCAACAGGCAGAGGAUGAACACACCUCUCUCCAAGCAAAUGCCGCAACGCAACAGCAACCUACGGGAGCUCCCUGUAGCACCUGGCAACACAAACAUGAACAGUGCCCGCCCCGCUGCCAACGUUAGGCCUGUUGCCAAGGCAACGCAGGGGGUGCGUCCCGGGCAGAACACUCAGCCGGUGCCUAUCGGUGGAAGAGGAAGAGGCCAAGUUGCUGCCAAGACUGAAUCACAGCCUGGGGGAGAAGGCAGGACAGUGGUUUGCAAGGAAAUCCCAAGCACGCCGUCCAGCACGGCACCACAGAACCCUGAUGAGGAUGAGGAGACACGGCAGUACCGUCUGAAGAUUGAGGAGCAGAAGCGUCUGAGAGAGGAGAUCCUGAAGAGAAAGGAGAUGCGACGGCAGAUGCAGGCUGGUGUCAGAAAGAAGGAGCUGCUGGACAGGCUCAAUUCCCAGACAAACACUCCAAGCCAAAGCCCAGUUCCUCCACAGAUUCAACCCUCACACCAAAAUCAGCAAACGCUGCACCCUGUACAACAACAACAACAACAACCACCACCACUACCACCACCACAACCCCAGCAGCAGCCGGAACAAAAACAACAGCCGCAACAACACAUACAGCCACAACAGCAGAGACAAUUCCCUCAGAGAACACCACAAUCAUUAAAUCAAUCAUUAAAGAAUCCUAAUCAGGGCACCCCCAUCCCUCCCAACGGCAGCGCUCAGACCCCUACACCCCGUCCCAAUGUCAAGACACGCCUGCAGAUGGUAAAAGGUAGCACCCAGCAGCAACAGACUCCCGGGCCUGGUCCAGACCAGCAAUGGAAACAACCCCAACAAAAUCAGCCGCAGCUGCUACAACAGCGAAGGAACAGUGCUGUGCAGAAUGUAAACAGACCUGGUGCUCAGAUCCAGUCCAAUCAGGUCCCCCAAAAGAAUAUACCUGUAACUCCCUCUGUGGGCCCUGGCCAGGCUCAGGCUCAGACUCAAGGACUUAAACCUGGGACGAAAAGAACUGUGAUGCAGCGGGCCAAGAAUUCUGGUGUGGAUGGCCAGCAGGUGCCUCAAAAAGUCAGAGUCGUCAAACUUUCAGGAGCGAGUGGUACUGGGCCUGUGGCCACCGACGGCCCAGUGCAGCAACAAGGCACCUGGUCGGCAACCCCGCUCAACCAAGUCGUCCAAAGGAAGGUCACAAUGACAGGACAGCAGCAACAGGGAACAGUCGAAACACCGCAGGCUGGCCGAGGGGGCAUGGGCAACCCACAGCAAAACAGGGUUGUCGUGUCGGGCCGGGGCCGAGGUAGAGGGGCUGGUCCGAUAGGUCGAGGUCGUCCGGUGUCCACCAGACAGAGCCCAAGAGUUGCAGAGACCGAUCGCUGUACUGUGUCCAUAGAGGGCCUCUCCUCAUCCACAACUGACACUCAGCUGAAGAAUCUUCUCAGGUCCAUUGGCCCAAUAGAGAUGUUCAAAAUGAUGCCCCAGCAGAGGAAAGCAGUCGCCAAAUUUUCCAGUGCCCAGCAUGCUUCCAGUUUCCAAAUGAGCUUCCAUAGGCACAUGAUUGAUUUGUCCCACAUUGAUGUGUCGCUGAUUGAUGGAUGAGGAGCACAAUAGAGCCAGGGAGUCCUGUUACAAGAAGUCACUUUCUCCCAACGUGGGAGCCUCUCGUGUACAGCUCCAACCCUGGCAUAGGAAUAUUUCAUCGGCCCUUUGGGGGUCACCCACACACGGUCAACGUCUCCGCACAGAAGCAUCGUUCAUCUCCUGUCAACUUGGAACAGUGAACAUAAAGACCUUGGCUGCGAGCAUGUCAUUGUUUGACACUGUCUACCAAUUGUCCAUUGUUGUAAAAUGGCACUGGAGAGACACUGGACAUUUAAUCCAACUUUGAUGUAGUUUGUGAGGAAUGUUUUAAGCAUCUUACACGGACAAUAGGUAGAACUUGUUAUAUGAUAAUGGUUGCUCCCCUCCUCAGUUAGAUUCAUUAUUAAAACAAAUAGAACACUUAAACGUUGUCAUUUUGAUGUGACCACUUCAUCAUAGUUUUUUUAUUAUUUGUGGCUCGUUCUGGUCUGGUUCGGAUGCAGGAAGUGGUUGUGACAGACUGUGGCCAGCCUGUUCACAUACAGUAGCAGUGUUUCUCCCCCUCUGUAGAUGGCGGUAUUUCAUCACUAAUGGUGCUUAAUUUUUUUCCACCUCAAGUUCGCUUUCAGGUACAGAUGAGUCUCCAUCAGUUUUUGGGUGAAUGGCACUACCUAGUGGAGAACGUGCAUACAGGCACAGGAUGAUUUUAAAAAUUUGACACAUAGUAGUGGCUGGGUCCAAAUUGGCAUUGGAUAUAACAUGAAUACGUUUUUUUUUCUAAAUUCCCAGUCAAAAUUGUAAAUGUUGUGACUCUUGUGUAGAUUUUGUGGUGCUUUUCAGUUUCAGUUAUGCUUCUGGGACAGUUUGGUCAGAUCAUCUCUCGAUUAGGGUAGUCACUUUGGUCAUUUGGCAUUUCUCCUUGUUCUAAAUGUUAUUAGGUCUUUUAACUGUUACAUGGAAUCCAUUUUGGAAUAAUCCUCCAUGCCCUUUGGAUGUAUAUUUUAGUUGUAUGUGUGAUUAUGGAGUAGUUAGAUUUAGGUUUCGAAAUGUGCAGCGUGUGCACUGAGGGAAUGUGUAUAAAUGUUUUUUGGAGAUUUUUUAUGAUUACAAUUUAAAUGCAUAUUGUUCGGGAUUUGAUAAUUAAUCGUAGAUUUGGUAGAUCAGAGAGAAUUGCUUACAGUUCUCUGCAAGAUAUGCAAACACUAUGUACAUUUUUUGCUAGGAUAUACAUGAGGCUUUCUCCGCUCUGGUAAUAUGGAUUGGAAUCUGCGUGACCAUCAGUUAAUUUUGGUGCCUUAUCUUUUGAGCUGCAUAGUGUACCUGGAAGAGCACUUUGAACAGUUUGCCUUUCACACUGAGCUAGAUGUUUGGCAGUAGAGCAGAAAGGGAAAAUAAAUUCACUGCAGUACUUUGCCCCUUAAAUUGAAUUCCCCUUAUUAUAGUGAAGACAUCCUCUGUAAAUUCUGAGAUCUUACUCAUAUUGAUAUCGUACUCCUACAUAAAGACACAUUUCUUCAGAUGUGUGUGAAGUUGUUGUACAAUCUCUAAUGCAUCACUUUAUUUUAAUUUUCUAUGAGCGUGAGCUCUUGUUUGGGGGGUGAUGCCACAUCAAUGAAAACCUUAAAUUUUUCAAAAUACUCAAUUUCCAUGUCUGGGUCCUCGAUUUCAUUAGACAUCAUUAUUUAAAGUAAAUAUAGCAAUUUAGGCUCAUUUGCUUUUUACAUAAUCCCAUGAUUUUUUUCUUCCUCAUACAACAUUUUUGUUAAAGCUGGGUUAAAUGUUUGUGAAACAGAAGCAGUUCUUUUAAAUAUUAAUACAUUAUUACCCGUAUUAACUAAAAACUAAAGUUUAGUUAAGAUGUGAAUGUCGUGUACAUUAUUUGCAGGAAUGUGUUAAAGGAAGCCGAGGGGGCAACCAUUAUCCGUGUAGUGAUCAUGUACAUAAGUAGACCAGAACUUUCUCUCAAUAUUUAUCCUGUUAAAACAAAUUUUGAGUUAUUCUUUACUUUCGUUGUAUCAUCACAAUUUUAUAUGUAAGGAUGUACCAAUGUGUCCAGACAUAAAUCAUUUUACAAAUGUUUUGUUUCUAAUUUAGAGCCAAAAUGAAGAAUGACUGGACCACAUUUCUGUUUAUAAGACAUUUGACAAAAAGUUUAAGGGAAAAUAAAAACAUGGCCAAUAUACCCUGAGCAUGCAGGUAUGUGAAGCCGGUUAAACUUUAGCCCAAAGAUGUGUGGUUGUGUGUGAUGUCCAUGUGUCCGGUGCCUUUACGAUGAAUAAUCUUUCUCAUUUGUGCUGCAUUUUAUUCAUUGAUUCUUUACGUAUUCUGUAAGUUCCUGGGUAUUUAACUUGCAACAUAUCACAUAUAUAUAUAUAUAUAUUUUAUAAAGCGUUUUUUAACACCUUGUAUGGCAAGAAAUACUACCUCAUGUAGAUUUAGGGGGGAUGCCACUGAAUUUUGGCAAUGAAAUCAUUUGCUUCAUAACUUUUUAUAGAAACAUGAGAAUGUUUUCCCCUGCCCAUUUAACUGUGAUGUCAUACUAAUGUUCAGCUCCCUACAGCCCGGACAUGCUAAAGGUAAAGCAAUAGACAAAGUAGCAGCAUUUUAAACAAUUUCACUGGAUUUUGUUUGGUUGGAAUAAGCCAUAAUGCAAAGAUAAUUUGGAGGGUUGACAUUUAGACAUCUCUUUAAUUACCGUUCGUAAAUCAGCUCCUGGCUGUGCAUCUGGAUGACAUCACAGAUUAAGUUAUUGGUUCUCUGGUAACAAUUCAUAUUCACAAGUGCUUUUUGGCCUCUGUCCUUGACUGCAUGUGUGAAUCAAAUCAAUAGAUUUAGUGGUAUUUCCCUUUUAAAAAAUAUUUCCCAUUACUUGAAAUAACUCAAUUCACUUCAAGUUUUAAAAUAAGCUGCACAUGUGUGAUUCUUGCCAGUAAAGGUUUCUAGAUUCUCAACAUGCUUUACAUAUCAGAAGCUUUGGGACAAAUGGGGUGUGUUUAAACUCCUCAAAUUCCUUCUUACUUCUUGUAAAACUUGAGGUUGCGUGGUUUCAAGUCUUUUUGUAUGUUGUACAGUUGUUCUAAACUUCUUUAUGUUUUAUUCCUUUUGUUUUGAGUUGAACUGAUGUAGAAGUUUUUGUUCCCUAACAAUGUGUAUUUAAUGUCUUCCAUGUUGUGCGUUACAUUUUUACUUUUCGUACUUUUUAGUGCUGUGGUAAAUCCUGUGGAUUUAAAAAAAGUAUCGGCAAUGCCAUUGAUAGUUAUAUUGGUAUAAGACACCUGGUCUUGUAAUGACAGAACAGAUUCAUAUUGGAUCUAUUUGUACCUUAAUUUUAAGAAUUUUGUACAUACAUGCACCUUGAACUACGAUGUUCUAUUUCUCAGAGUAAUUUUCUUGAGGAAAACGGUGAUCUGAAUGGUGAUGAGAACUUGAUUUACAGUAGGCUAUAUUACUAGCAGGAUGUUUUUCCACUUACAUCACCUCAUGGUUGCAGUACAGUAUUUAGAUAUUUGAUUAAGCUCAUCUGUGACAUGUCUGUGGGGCUUUCUUAUCCUUCAUUAUGACUGCUAAUGACUAGUAUCAAUAUGUUUUAUAUGAGCUUUGGGUUAAAUACGCAACACUAGCUGGCUUGGGUUAUACACAACACUAACAACUUCUUUUUCCAUAGGUCCAUUUGGUGAUCCAUGUUGCUGCUGCUGGCUGAAAUAAUCAUUUCUUUGUUUUUCCUCAGGUUACAUCUAUCUCAGCAGAGCCGUGUCUCAAGCUGUCAUCGAUAUGGUUGCUAGCCCCAAAAGCAAAGUUAAGGGACCAUACCAAGGGUUCAGCAUGUUUUUAGCAAAUCAACAAAUUGGGUUAUAGAUGUGUUAUAAUUUACUAAUGGCUACUUAACAAAUUAUAACUACAACUUUCCCCAACUUCAUAUAGCACUGUACGAAAUCAAUUUGCAAGAUAAGUCACAUCAAACUAUCAGUUGGCUUUACUUUUUGUCAAAGUUAUGUUAAUGUUGCACGAUAAAGCAGAUAUUAUUGGUGCCUUGUGCUUUUAGAUCUGGGUAGUUGGGUAGCUUUUCAUAUGUCCCUUUUUAAUGAGAUCAUUUAAGGUUAACUUUGCAAAAAAAAAACCCAGCCGGUCAUUUGAAACCACUUGCUGUUUUGAAGACAUUUCCUUAUUUCUCAAAGGCUUUGUUUUUUUUUUUAUCCUGCUGGUGUGAAAAAUAAUUCAUUUGCUGCAUGUUGUAUACAACACAUCACCAAACUGGUAGCUUUUAAUUUAUUUGUAUAAUGUUUCCUCAAGUUAUGCUAAACAACUAAGAAGAUACAAUAUGUCAUCUCCAGGUAGUGCCUUUGGUUGGUUCAAGUAAUAGUUGCACCUUGUUUAUUUAAGUUGCCUAUACACCAGAUGGACUAGUUUUUGUACCAGCAAAACACAGCAUCAAGUGUUGUCAAAUGACCUACCUUUUUAUUUGCCUUGUAUUUAUCUUGAAGGAAAUCAGUGGCUUAAAUCUGUGACUCUGAUGUAAUCAUUAAUGCAAAAGUCUUAAAACGUAGAAGUAUUGAUUACAUGAGAGGUACAAACAAGUUGAGCAAAUGCAUGCAAAACCAUUGGCAUGGUCCAACACUUGCGGUCCUCCUGGUUUUAGCACAGUGGGCUUUUUGAGGUUGUAGCUGCACAGAUGUUUUGUUUUAGACGCCACUAUACAAAUUUGUCUUAAAAAACCACACCUGAUAGUGACCACCAGUCACGACGGGUGUCCCCAAAACAGAAUGACCUCUAGUAUUUUAACACAUUGAUUUUUCAACAGCGUACUGGUGAGAGGAGCCAUUGACCAGCUUUUAGCCGUGAUACGACUAUGUCACUUUUCCUGCCUUAACUCACUCACUCACUUAAAACUUAAGGUUCUUUUUACAGCCAUGCAGUAUCCGGCCUUGGAACGAAGAUUUUACUUGAGCUUGCUUCCCCCACUAAAUAGAUGUUGCCGCACUCAGACUAUUGGUCCCGACACAUUUCCUUCCAUUAAUGCUUUUCCUGCCAUCGCUGUUCUUCCAACUUUCAUAUGUGACAGUCACUCAUCUUUUCUUCAAUGCUGCCGUGGUUGAAUGAACUUAAGACUUCUGUAUCAAGCAGGGUGGCCUACCUGGAUUACCAUUGUUUGUUAGCCCAGUGGAUGGAGGUUUCCAUCUCUGUGACGACAGCCGGGUUCACAGAGCAGACACGUUACUCUAAAGCCGCUUUAUGGCUUUCACUGCACCAAAGGUCAUCCCAGCUUCUUGACAUGCAUUGUUUGGUUGGAUGUUGAAAAAGACACUACAGUGGUUUCCUCCUCUCGAACAGUAUGGUGCACCAAAUAAUGACUGAAAAUCCAACCUCGAGUUUUGACUAUAACUGUUGACAAUCCAUCCUGUCAUGUGUGUUCACACUUUGAAAUGAAAUAUGAAUGAAAUAAUCACAUUUUCUGUUGGAAAAUCUGAAAUCACUGUGAAAUUUGUUGUGAUACUGUAAAUGAUGUGAUUUUUUAAAAAGAGAUUUUAUGUUUUUUAAAAAGUGAAUAAUUCUUAAAGAGAUGGAAAUUUACAUUUGAUACCAGAAACUAAAGAAAAAUAAAUGUUUUUGACAUACACAA